CCGGAAAACAUGUCUGCAGCGGCAGCAGAAAUGAAAUGGAACGAAACUGGAUUUUUUUAUGGGAUCACUUUUUCUGUCUAAAAUCUCCACACAAAUGUAUAUUUGCUGCUAUAAGAACAUUCCGAUAUCGCUGCAAAACUGCUUUUCGUUACUGGAUUUCGUUUAGCACGAUUUGGUGUAGCCUGCCAAAUGUGAGUGUUUUGGAAACAUCGUCGAGACUUGUGUGUGGGAGGAGGCAGCGGGGCAGACCCACUUCCCUCCAUGGUCUUUUUUAAAUAUUUUGUCGCCAGGCAAGACAAUUCUUAACAUGGACCAGUAUUUCGAGUAUUCUUAAGAAAUUUACCAAUAUUAUUUGUUAACCCAUAUCAGUAACUAGCUGGCUCACAGUUUCAGUAUGCCCGAUCGAUGGUUUCUUUGAAGCUUGACAGUGCCUGGCUGAUACAGGCCUAAUUUUUUUCGAUCUGGAAAUUUCUUGACAGGGGAAAGCCAUACGGGUUUUCCUGACUAUCUAGCCUAGCAUUAGCUGUUUCGCUGCAUCCCCAAAUUAAAUGAUGCAAGUUGUGUUGUUACAUUGAUUUUUUUUUAGAUGACCAUAUCAUCUAAUUUUAGCAUAUCAAUUUAAACACGGUAUCUUUUAUGGGAUUAUCGGCAAGUCGGAAGCAAAUAUGGUAAAUUGGAGGUGGCUGCUGCGGGUAUCGAACCGCUCCUUUUUGGCCUUCUUUUUUUUCUUCUCCAUGUCUACGACUUGUCUCUACUUCAUAUAUGUGGCUCCUGGAAUAGCGAACACAUACUACUUCAUGGUGCAGGCCCAGGGCAUCAUGUUGAGGGAUAAUGUGAGGACCAUUGGCCAGAUGAUCCGGCAAUACACCAAUAAGAACGCUACCCUUAAUGGCACAGAUUACCCAGAUGGCAGUAACUCCAGUGAAUACAUGGUACAGCCAACCACAUACCUCCCUGAGAACUUCACAUACGCCCAGAACCUCCCCUGCCCCGAACGCUUACCUUCUAUGAAGGGUCCUAUGCAUGUGAAUAUGACUGAGAUACCGAUGGAGGAGAUUGAUCUGAAGUUCUCCAAGUACCUUGAUGUUCAGUUUGGAGGCCACUGGAAACCCAAGGACUGCAAACCGCGAUGGAAGGUGGCUGUUCUGAUUCCGUUCCGCAACCGUCAUGAGCACCUCCCCAUCCUGUUCCAGCACCUCACUCCCAUGCUGCAGAGACAGAGGCUGCAGUUUGCAUACUACGUCAUUGAGCAGUCUGGUACCCAGCCGUUCAACAGAGCCAUGUUGUUUAACGUGGGUUUCCUGGAAGCCAUGAAAGAUCUGGACUGGGACUGCCUGGUGUUCCAUGAUGUUGACCACAUCCCGGAGAACGACCGGAACUACUACGGUUGUGGUCAGAUGCCUCGCCACUUUGCAGCCAAAUUGGACAAAUACAUGUACCUACUACCCUACAGUGAGUUCUUUGGGGGCGUGAGUGGACUUACAGUGGAGCAGUUCCGCAAGAUCAAUGGCUUUCCCAAUGCAUUCUGGGGCUGGGGAGGAGAGGACGAUGACCUCUGGAACAGAGUGCACUAUGCUGGUCUGAACGUUACACGGCCAGAGGGAGAGAUGGGUAAAUACAAAUCCAUUCCACAUCACCAUCGAGGAGAGGUGCAGUUCCUGGGCAGGUACAAGCUGCUGAGGUAUUCCAAAGAGAGGCAGCACCUGGAUGGCCUGAACAACCUGAAUUACACCCCGGAGAUCUCCCUGGGCACCCUGUACAAGAACAUCACUGUUGACCUCCACCCUGACAUGGCCCCUAUCGCAGACUACUGACCUCUGGCCCCAACCCCCUACGGCCCCGCCCGACGCCAUGAACACUUUCACACACACAACCCUGCACAACAACUGGGACACCAAAGCCGGGCAGAGAGGGGUGGGCUGGGAGGAACACCAUGUAACGUUGCCAAGAAACCUCACUCUGAAAAAAAAAAAAAGUCUCCAACUAAAAUAUGAGAAAGGGGCCUAGGGUCUGUUUAAUCGAACAAUUGAUUGUGCGCGAGUGUGUGUGCGUGCGUGCGUGCGUGUGUGCUUGCGUGUGUGUGUUUGAGAGAGGCUGUGUUGCUGCAUGUCAAUGUGUUCAUGCUGGCUUUAGCUACUAAGCUACUUUCACGUCAACCCCUCAUGAUACUAUUUGAGGAGACGGGCAGCGUUUCAUACCCGAUGUUUACUGCAAAGCCUUAAAGUGUCAUUCCCGCCUCAGAACCUCUGCUCUGGCUGCCUCCCAUAUGUCGCCCUAUUCACCACCCAGUGCGUUACUCUGGACCGAGACCCGUUUUGACCUGGGCCCUAAAGGCCACGGUCUGAAGUAGUUCGCCAUGUGGGGAAUAGGAUGCCAUUUGGGGCUCUGGUUUUUUUUUCUCUCUGCUCCGCUCAGCACAGCUUUCACUUCUAAUGUCUCGGUACUAUCACCUUACAAGCCAACUGACCUUUUGUGUCGUCACUUUAUAUUAUUUUUUUACACAUAUCGUUCGUUUUUUAAAAGAUUUCGAAUAUUCCUUGAUGAGGUGGGAGGGGCAAAAUGAAGGAGGCCGUGUAAUGUGACAUACAUUUUCAGAUGUGUUCUAUUGUCUUUGUAUUUAUUUUUGGCUUUUUUUAAUGGACAUUUUAAAGCGCUCAAUCCUGUUUCUGUUGGUUACACGAUGAGUGUUUUGCUGUUCCCUUUUCUGCACUGCCGAUGCAUCACAGAACACGUAUGUAAAUACUGGCCUCUUAAAGCUUGAUCACAGAACACGUAUGUAAAUACUGGCCUCUUAAGCUUGAUCACAGAACACGUAUGUAAAUAUUUGGCCUUUUAAACGUUCAGAGCAUGUCACCGUUAUUAUUCCAGAUGAUUUUAAUUUUUUGGCAGCUACCUUUUUCCUAAGGACUUAACAGAGUGCGUGGUUCUUCCAUUUAAGUGGGAAGAUGUUCUAACAAUUGAUGGAAAUUUGGCUUAAAAAAAGAAACUACAUUGAAAUCCCUUAGGUUGACCAUCUUUUGCAUGCCUUAAUGUAUUUUGUUACCAGAUGUUUUUUUUUUAUUGUAAUUUAUUUUUAUUCUUUGAAGAUGUGUAUAUUUUUCCAGUUUUGCCUUUUUUGUUGUCUUUUUCUCCUCUUUCUUGAGGUGCACUGUGUGAAAAAGACUGAGCAGCGUUGUGGAGUGUUAUCCUGUACAAAGACAGGUGGAGGUCAGGGGUCAAAGGACUGUAAUAGCUUUGGAACAGAGUGUCACAUGUCACUUCCUGAUGCUGACAAGAGACACGUAAUACCCUAGACCAGAGCUGAGGACCAUCGCUGCUAAAGAUGCUAGGCUGAGAUGUCACUCUAUCUUCCGCUUGAUUUGGUGGUGGAUGAGUGGAAACAGUACCAACAACCUGUUUGGUACAGGAUUAUGUUUCAAACGUAUGUGUGCGCGUGUGUGUGUGUGUGUGUGUGCGUGCGCACGCUUGCAUCUGUGUGGCGUGGCUCGUGUGUUAAUUAACUGGACCAUGCAUUUGAGCAUAUGUUAGGUGUCUGUAAUGCGCGUGAGCUUGCUAUUUUGCGUGCGUGACAUGUGCCGUGUUUCUAAUAUGCUUGCGAGGCAUUGAGGGGCCAGAAUGAGAGAACAGCAGCCACUGUUAAAGGCAUUCCCUGUUCUUGAAUGGCGCCGGCAGAUACCUGGGCCAUGAACACUUUUAAAUUGUUCAAGUUUUGAGCACUACAAAGAUUAGCAAGGGACAAAUUAAGGACCUGUUUAUCUUGUUUUCUACCUGUUUACUUUUUCCCCUCAUGUACAUUGAAACUUUUAUAUUUUUCCCCAUUUCAUAUUUAAAUGUUUCUGUGCAUUUUGCUAGUGAUGUUGAUUUAUAGAACUGCUUUAUCCAAACAACCCAGGCUUUCUCUAUCAUAGCAUUGCAAGAAUGCAGGAAAACGAGAGCAUCAAUCUAACUGUGACACUCCUGUUCUGCCUCUAGCAUCGGCAUUGUCUGAAUUAAAAAGAAUAUGCUGAGUACUUCUGAGUGGAAUCCGAUGCAUCCUGAUCAGAAGUAGUGGUCUAUCCAGAGAGCGGGGUGUGAUUUGGGACCUAACUCCCUGCUCUGUCCUGUCACUCUUGAAGUGCUGUGGAGGAGUGUCCUGAAGAUGUUUACACAAUCAUUUUUUCUCAAAAGCUAAAGUGGCUAACACUGGCCAAGCGCCAGGUUAAAUCUGUUUGGUUUUGAAAAAACGUAGCUACAACAGUUACAUAAGACCUCAGCGGUGUAUUGAGAAAUGGUGUAGAGACAAAAUCCAGAACAUAGUAAUAAUACAUUCAAUGGGAGGUGGUGAACUGUGCCAAAGUCCCAAUUAUAAUACAUACCCGUCAUUCGUCUACCAGGCUUCUGUGUCUUCUACACAUGAAUCUACGCUAGUCUUUCUGUCCUUUUUCCCCCUCUUCCAUUCAUUUUCCCCUGUGAGUCUCCUCUGUAUCUCAGCAUCUCCUCCGUGUUGAGAGGAACUAGACAAGACAACUGUUGGUAAUUGGGAUCAGGGUUUAGGUAUCAAGACUCAUAUCUAUGGCAUCCAGGGUAUGACAUAGACAACAUAUCUCUACAUGGCUCUGGGUCUUUUGGGUAUGGGUCGCAGUUCCAGACUGGGUCCAGGGAUUUUCUCGGUCUAUGCCUUUUUCUUAGUAACAGUUUUACAUAAGAGGAUACAUUCUCUUGUUUUUAUACUUUAAGAUAUGGGCAACCAAGUUGGUUCAAGUCCCCACCUAUUGGAGUCACUAUGAGUUACUGUAGAAGAGUGAUGCUGAGUCUUUGGGUCAGUUAUAUUACUACGAGUUUUAAAGGUAUUUGUUAGAGAACGCACCCAUCACUGGAGCUGGUUUCUGAUCAGUAUUGUGGAUGAGUCUAAAUGGCACCCUAUGUAAAGUGUAGUGCUGGCUCUGAUCAAAAGUGGUACACUGUAUAGGGAGUAGGGUGCAAUUGGGGAUUUCCCCUCUGAGUUGUACAUAUUGCUAUUGCCUCUGAGGGGAGUAGGUAGGUAGGGAAGGAAGGAAGGGGUGUUACUGGGUUCUUGGGCAGUGCUACAUCUGUUCAUCCACCCCCAGCCCAGCUACCAUCCCACUCCUCACCCAUCCUACUGCUUCUUUAUUGGUUGUUCAAAAGUCCUAAAAGAAAUAGAACAUUUUUCAAAUUUCUAUAUUCACCAUUACACAAUUUGUAAUGUAGAGUAUUACAUUUUUGCAGUAUUCAUAUUUGUGCCUUGAGGUUUUUUUUUCUUUUUUUUUCCCACUUUGCAUUCUCGGUUGAAAGAUGCAGUAAAGGUUUGGAUUGUUUUAAAACUGAAGUUAGAGUGCACAUGUAUUUCUUUUUUUAUUCUUCUAACUUUGGGUUUUCCUUUGUCUGGAGCUCCGAGUUUCUGGGAACAUUUCCAUUGCAACGGGCUGAGUAGGAUUCCAAAAAAGGAGGCAAGAUGCCAUCCUGUUUCUUUUGUGUACCAAUGGUUGGCCGUAUCUAAUGUUUCUGCUGUCUAUUCCGAGGCCUGUACUACUCUGGCUGCUUGGACCACGAUAUGCACAAUCCUCUUGGACACAGGGCCCUCAAAUCUCUUCGCUAUGCUUCUCUGUCCGAACAAAGAGUUAUGGCCGGAGCCACCUGUUCUGUUACCAUGGUCACCCAGGACAUGCCGAUGGUACGGAGGAAGUAGGGACUUUUGAAAUCAAGUCUAAGGGAGUAAAGUGUCAUAUCUAGUAAACAAAUCAAGUUAACGCAUUCACUGUCAGGCAUAUUCAUUUGACUUCAUGGAUUUGUAAUUCUUGGAUUAUUAGGGAGAUGCAUUUGUGAAAAUAUGAACUGUGAACGCCUUGUCGAUGGGGUGUCAAAUGACCUUCAUUCGAUGUAGCCUACUUGUGCGUCAUUUGCACAGUCUCGCAGCUCCAUGUUGUUCAGCAAUUUAAUUGGCUAUAGGCAUGUGCUAGAGUUCCUGCCCCACCAGGCAGCACGGACCCCUUUUUAGAUGGUGAAGCCAACCCGGUUACCCGUCCUGUCAAUCUUCCUCAGUUGUUGGUAUAACAGCCAGUAAAAGUCUACUAGAGUUGAGUUAAACUGUUGGACUUUGUAAAGUUUUUAUUUUUAUUUUUUUUUUGUCAACAGAAUAUGAAUAAAACACCUUUAUUGCCAUGUUCUGGGAAA